AUGGCGCCAGGGAGGGUCCGGGGGGGGAACCCCGGGGCUGAGCCCGUCGCGGCGGGGGCAGCGCGGGGCCGGGCCCGAUGGGGCGGUGAGGGCCGGCGCCGCCCUGCGCCGCGGCCUCCCUCGCUGCCUUUCGGUUUCGUUUCCGCCGCGGCCGCGGCUCAGGCGCGCUCCCCCGCAGGGCCGCGCUGCCCGCUGCACGCCGCGCCCGGCGCCCCGGAGCCCCUCUGGAGGCAGCGGCAGACCGCCUCGAACACGGUGCAUCGUGCUGUGACGGGGGACGUGUUUGGGGUGCAGGAUGUGUUCGACCGGGGCGAAGCCACAAGAGCUGCUGCUGAAAGAUGCUCAGACUGGCAAUUCCGCUACAGCUCCGGCAACCUGGAGCUCUCCAGUGAGGAGGAGGGUGAGGAGGAGGAAUGGACUGCUUACAGCCAGGACUGUGACAUUCCCAGUGAGGACAGCAAUCACAACUACAACUUCUGCGGAUUCAAGAAGUCUUUCUUGUGCAAGGACUCUCUGUUUGCUGACUCCCCUGAGCGCUACUUAGAUGCAAAAAUGCACAUCAUAAACCUGCCCUGGAAACAGCAAGUUACACCUGAGGAAGCAGAGAAAAAUGCAAAGGAGCUGGUGGCGGAGGAGGAGCGAAUCAAAAAGAAAGCUGAGAAGAAGAAACUCAAGAAGAAGAAGCAGAAAGACCGGAAGAAACUAGAAAAAUUAUGGCAACGUCUAAAAAUCAAUGAGGAUGCUGAACUGGGUUCAUCAUCUCUGAACAGUACUGUGGCUGCUGGUAACGGUGAUAACAGCAGUGCUGAGGAGGCGAGGGACUGCCCAGAGUCCAGUGCCUCUCAGUGUCCUGGGGAGAGUGCAGUCUGCCCUGGAGACAAGGGAGCAGGAGACCCAGAGGCCAGCAUGGAGGAGGUGAUGGAGGAAGAGCUGGAUUUGAGCUGCACCUUUGUCUCCAAAGCGUGGCAGAAAGUAGGUGUGAAGCUGCCAGUGCCUGGGAAAGAGAAACCAGCCAAAACUGAUGAGAAACUGGCCAAAACUGAUGAGGCAGAGCCAGACAAAAGGCCCCAGGAGAAAGUGCCUGAGCCUGUGCUGUUGGAUGCAAGCGCAGUGGAGCAGAGCCUCAUUCUAGCAGGCUGCGGGAACGAGGCUGCGCAGAACGGUCGCUAUGCGGAGGCAGUGCAGGCCUUCACGGAGGCUGCGAAGCUGAAUCCCAAGGAGCACCGGCUCUUCGGGAACCGCUCGUACUGCUAUGAGAAACUGCAGCAAUACGAGGAGGCUCUCAGGGACGCGCAGUUGUCUCUCAGUCUCCAGCCCAAAUGGCCCAAAGGCUUCUUCCGCAAGGGCAAAGCACUGAGGGGGCUGAAGCGCUACGCCGAGGCUGUGAGCACAUUUGAGGAGCUGUUGCGCAUGUAUGGCUCCUACGCUGAUGCAGCUGCCGAGCUGAAGGACUGCCAGGCCCUGCUGCAGCAGACCAGCUCCAGUGGUGUGAGUAGCCCCGAGGGUGUCCCGGUACAUUCUCUGCUGGAAACUGGGGAGCCUCUGCUGGCUCUGUCUGGGGAGCAGAUGAAUGGAAGCUGCUGUGAAACGGACAGGAAUGGGUUUGUGACUGUCACAAACUCGAAGAGCCAUUCGAAAGGCCUGGCUCAGGCAGCAGUUCCAGCUAGCACCAAGCAGACCUUGCCGUCACAGCAUCCAGCCAGGGACUGCUAUCCUUUGUGGGUUGGGAACGUCACCGCCAAGAUCACUGAGAAGGUGCUGCAGAGCUCAUUUAGCCAGUUUGGGCAGAUCCGCUUUAUCCGAGUGCUUAAGGGGAGACACUGUGCCUUUAUCAACUUCACGCAGAAAGAAUCAGCAGAAGCGGCCUACAGGACGAUGAUGGAUGCCGAUGUGGAAGGGACCAAGCUGGUGCUGCAGCUCAAACACCCUUCUCACGCGACACCGCCCCCCGGCAGCACCCAGAGACCUGCUGUGGAGUAGGUGCCUCCACGGGGGCUCCCCUAGCCAGGACAGGGAGUAUGGGGAGUGGAGCUGAGCGCUGUACGUCUUGCACCACUGGGACAACGCAGAGUAGUGCUGCCCCAUGUCCUUGGCAGCCAGCCCCAAUGGACUGCCAUGGUGGGACAGUGUGCGGCUCUGGGCUGCAUUCUGUCCCAGGAGGGUGUGCAGCUCUGAGUCCCUGCUCCCCAGGGAGCUGACUCAAGUGCCUGCUGACUUGGAGAGCCCUUCCUCGUGGAGCUGCAGCAAUGAGGACAACAGCCUCUUGCCCCUGAGCUGUGGACUGGCGAAGAAGCAGGCACAGUGGUUUCAGGACCUUCCCAUCAUGUUUCUGUGGGAACUGGGGCUUUUUACUCAGCUCCCCCGAACUGGGCAUCUGAGCAUUCCCUGGGAGCCUGGUGCCAGUGGCAUCUGGGCAUCCUGCAGCAGGCAGGGUCUGCCCUUGCGGCUGUGGCUUGUGGCCCUGCAUUGGGAUUUUGGAGCAGGGAGGAGCUGGGGCACCAGCUCCAAGAGUGCCUUCCCUGCUGCUGUGGGAGGGCUAAGGCUCCCUGCCUGGCAGAGCUGAGGUUGCCCCAGGAGUCUGGCCCGCAGCAGCGCCCUGGCUCUCUCGUGGCCCAGCACUAAGCGAAGCCCGCGGCUCGGGGUGCAGUGCAGCAGGACCUGCGCCUGUCCUGGCACUUCUGUGAGCCGGGCUUCGCCCUGGCCCCAUGGCUGGGGCACAUUCUACCUCGUGCCACAUUGAGUGGUUGUGCCUUGUGGGAUCAUGUCUUGUGUAGGGUCUGCAGCCCCUGGCAGAGAGGGAGGGUCUAUAUGCAGCCCUCUCUUCUCCUGUCUGGGCAUUUUUACGGUGUCACCACAGCGUGGUGUGGCCCUCUCCCCUAGCUGGGUGACAGGGCUCUGCUGCGGGCGCAGGGCUUGCUCACUGCACAUGUAACCUGGGGGAUGCUCUGGCCUUGGGGCCGUUGUCCUGGCUGUCUGUGCUCUGGGAGGCUGGGCUGGGCCUGUGCUCACCUCGGAGCGCCUCGCCGCCCCACCAGCCGGUGGCCUGGGAGAACUGGCUGCUUGCAGUGGGGAAGGGCACUGUUGCAGGGACAGCUGCUACCUUCAGCUCUUUCAGGGAUUUGUAUCUGCUUUCAGUUUCUCAAUAAAACAGAUCCCGCACUGA